AUGUCGUUGCUUGGGAUACAUGAUCGGAUUACAAUCUCGCUGGAUAUAUCUGAUGUCAUUAUUGCCGUCACUGCUGUCUGUAAGCAUAAUCGCAUAUGUCUACUUGUAUUGUCUUUGUGUUGGUUUCAUUGCCUAAUAUUUGUUUGGCUUGCUGCUGCUGCUGCUAUCGAGAAAUACAUCGAUGUUGACUCUUCACAUUAUAUCAAGAUCACAUCGACACUCCGCAUCACUUCACACACAUUUCAUCAACACUUGAUUCUACUUCAUUCAAUUCAAUUCACCUCAAUCACUCAAUGCGACACAUCCAUUUCAUUACAUCGUAUAAGCACAUAUAUUUUUCAUUUCGCGGCAGCAACCAGCAUAUUAUACACUCUUUUUUGGAGUGAUUGGAUAUUGAUCUUGUGCUUGGUUUCGUCUGGUUUGAACAAAGGCUCAUCAAAGAAGAAAAAUACUUGGAACAUCCUCGUUUAUGGUUGGUUUUGCACCUUCCUCCUCCUAACUCUUGAUUGCUUCCCUGCAUUCUAUCUAAUCGCUUCCACCCGCUUCCAUACCCUUCUCUAUAGCCCUCUAACUCUCCUCCAGUUCUACAUCUUCUUUUUCAAAGAGCUAUAUCCAAAAUACUGCCUGCACCCAAACCUCAACAUUAUCGAGCAGUCGUUCGCUAGCGGUCAUCACAUCCAUAAUCAGCAUCACUUAGAAGCCUGCAAGCGGCGGAUAAGCAGAAUGAGCAAGAAGAGGUCCAGGAUUCGUGCUCUCUGCAUAUCGAAUCUGGGUACACCCCACCAGCCGCUCACUGCGGACCACCAUUCCGCCUUUCAACAUGAGAAAGGAGGUUGUAUCGACGGAAAUGAGAAAGGCGAGAUAGCUAAGAGCGGCAACAUGAAUGGAAGUGGCAGCAGCAAUGCCAGGAACAGGUCAAAUGCUCAAAGGAGGGGAGAAAUAUGGGGAGGAGGGAAGCAGGGCGUCUGGACCGAUGGAUAUGAUGUGCAAAAAGAGCUGGAGGAACAGCAAUAUCUGCCUAAGGAGCAAAGUGAGGUGUUUUCAGUGACUAGCCGAAAACAACAGCAGCUUAGCAAACUUGCAAUUCUCAGUAAAUCUGAAGCAGAGAAGAGGCAGAGUAAUAUGCGGAUAUGGAAGUUUAGUCCCAUCUCAUGCCAGGAGCGGGUGGAUGGUUUAGGAAACAAAGUUGUUGGUACGGAAGAGGCUGAAAGACCGACAAAGGAUACAGCACCCGGCGGACGAAAAAAGGAGUUGAUAAGAUUUGGGAUGGACUAUCGGAAACAAGGUCCUGUCCCUUUUCGACCACCUGACUCGAGCCGACUCCUCAGCCUGAUCAGCCGUGCUAACUUCCAUGCAGCGGGCCUUUCAAUUAUUCGACUGCUACGCCUUGCCCAUAUGCCUCCACUGCUCUCUUCUGCAGUUCACGUUCUUCGGAGAAUCAAACAGAGAGGAAUAGACUCAGAGCUUGGAAAUUUAGAUAGACAGACAGUCCAGGACUUCUCGAAAACUCUAAUGAGAGCUUCAUUCCUGCCUCCUGUUCGAGCUGACGCUCACUCACCUCCAAACUCACAUACAAACAAGCGCUUUUCAGUGGUCGAACGAAUCCGCCAAUCGGAGCGCAUGCGAAUGCUAUACCCUCCAUGCAACCGAGGCAGCCAAGGUAAGAUUUUAGCGUGCCGGCUAAGGAAAAUGUGGACAGGAGCUGAACUGUGUCAGCAGUUGAAAGAGUGGAGAACCGGAGUGGAGCAUUUUCUUGAAUUGAGGAAGGUGAUUAAAUGGAGCUGA